AUGUCUUCUCAAAUUGAUCAUGAUGUUAAAUUUCAACGUGCCCCUACUUGCGAAGAAUUACAAGAAUUCGAAUUUAUUCGAGUUCUCAGUGAAGAUCCUCGUACAAAAACUGCCAACAUUUUAGGGAAACUUAAAUCAUCAUCUGAAUCACCACGAGAUGCGAUAUUAUUAUUAGAAAAAUUACAUUUUAGUAGUGAAGAGCUUCCAAUCCUUUCAAAAGAGAGAGUUCAACGAUGGAUAGCAAACGAUAAGAAUGACAUAUAUCAUUGGUACAACGGAAUAUUAACUAAAAACGAAAAAUGGCCGGAUUUCAAAGUUACACUGAUAUGGCCCGCUACCGAGACGCAUAUUCGAAAGUACAGUUUCCAACCUCGCUUUUUGAUUCGAGAGACUCCUCAAAUUUACGAAACAAUUGUUAAACCUUAUAUCGAAUCUAUACCUUCGAGCAGAAUUCAAUGGGUCUAUAAUAUUUUGUCAAAAAAGAGUGAGGUUGAAAAGAUCCUGUUAGACGUUGAAGGGGAAUCGACAGGAUUCCUUCUAUUACCAGAUAUGAAAUGGGACAGUGUGACAUUAGAAAAUCUUUAUCUCGUCGCUAUUGUACACAGAACAGAUAUUCGUAGUCUACGUGACCUAAAUGAAAAUCAUUUGCCAUUACUUAAGAAUAUAAGACGUCAAAUCCUUGGGUUUGUUCCGCAAAAAUAUUCGGGUGUUAGAUCGGACGAAUUGCGCUUUUUCGUUCAUUAUGUGCCAUCUUAUUAUCACUUUCAUGUCCAUGUUACACAUGUUAGAAAUGAUUCGAUAGCUGGGGGACUAGCGAUCGCCAAAGCUUACUUAUUAGAUGAUGUUAUAGAGAAUUUGGAAAAUUUUGCUGGAGAUUAUUAUAAGAGAGUGACGCUAACUUAUGUCUUGGGAGAGAAUGAUCCAUUAUUUUCUCAAAUGAAUGAUAUUGGAGCAAGAGUUACAUUAGAUAUCUAA